CAUUAGGUAUGGAGUAUGGCUCAAGUCAUCCUGAUGGAACUGGUCGCUUUCAUAAUCUCUGAGGAUUCGUGCAAUCAAGUGGACCUAAAAUUAUUCACUCCACCUGCCCCAUAUAUACAACUAUAUAAGGAUCUCCUCCGACAACCAUUCCAAAGCAACAAAGCAACAAUCCCAAAAUUCAAUCUUCUACUACUGUCUUCUCUUCUCUUCUACUGUGUUGCUUUUCCUCUUACAAUGGGAAGUUUUGGGUCAGCAGUUGUUUGUGCAAUUCUGGUCCUGAUCAAUAUGGUGGUACCAAAUUUGGCAACAGUUUACACUGUAGGAGACUCUAGUGGCUGGACAAUGGGGGUUGAUUAUAGCACCUGGACCAGUGGAAAGACCUUCAAAAUUGGUGACAGCCUUGUAUUUAACUAUGGAGGAGGGCACACAGUGGAUGAAGUGAGUGCUAGCGACUACAAAACAUGCACAGUGGGGAAUGCAAUUAAUUCAGACAGCAGUGGAGCCACCACCAUAGAACUGAAGACUGCAGGGACUAAGCACUACAUAUGUGGAGUGGUUGGGCAUUGUGGGAGUGGCAUGAAGAUUGCAAUCCCUGUGAAGGCAGCUGCUUCAGGUUCAGGCACCACUCCUGCUAGUACCUCACCAGCUGGGACUACCACAACCACCACCCAUCAACCUUCCUCUAAUAAUACUCCUGACUCAGCUUCACCAACUCUCUCUCCAUUUAUGGGCAUAGUGGCUACUUGGGUUGCAUUCUGUGUGAUGGUUUUGUCAUUGUAAAAUUGGGCAAGGGUGGCCACACCCUAGCCAGGAUAGAGGCAGUGCUCUUGUCUUUUCUCUUAAUUUGUAUUUGGGAUUAUUAUGGCUUUUUAUAAUUAAUGUCUUUUCUCCUAGGUAUUUAGAUCAUGAUUCUUAUAUAAUCACUUUCUUUCCUUAAAC